AAGUUGUCUUUUAGCAAGUAGUUAUUAAUGUAAGAGGCAGUUUUGUGUGAGGAGAAUGAGUUUCUCGUUAAAGUGCUAGCAAUAUUUUUAGACUGACAAUAUUAAAGUUUUAAUUGCAAAGGCCAUUAAAAUUAAGUUGAUGAAGUGUUUUGCUGAAAAGCAAUGCUGUAGUCAUGCUUUGGUGUGUUCCCAAUUAUCUUGCCUGACAUCAUGGUCACAAAUGGCUUUUUCAUUGUGUACAAUAUUUUAAUUAGAAACGAAACGACAAAAGAGUCAAUUUGUAUUUCCUCUGGUUCACAAUAAUACCCACCAUAUAAGUUUCUACCUUGAUAGUUACUUCUAGUUGAAACUGAUUGCUUUUCCUGUAAAUAACUCGUGCACAAAAUUCGGUAUUUCUAUUUUUAAAUAAUUUCUGUUGCCCCUCUACACACUUAAGCAAUUUAAUACAAUUGAGGUAUAAUUUCAUUAAUACAACAACAUCUAAGUGUCUUGCUCCAUUUUGCAAUGGCAAGUCAAACUCAAGGCAUUCAGCAGUUACUAACUGCUGAAAAAAGGGCAGCUGAGAAAGUCGCCGAAGCCAGAAAAAGAAAAGCGCGCAGAAUUAAGCAAGCGAGAGAGGAAGCUCAGGCGGAAAUUGAAAAUUACAGAAAAGAAAGAGAGAGGCAAUUUAGGGAGUACGAGGCCAAACAUUUGGGCUCGAAGGAAGAUAUCGCCGCUAGAAUUGAUAAGAAUACAGAACACAUUAUCCGUGAGGUGGAAGAUGACGUAAAAACCAAUAAAGAAAAGGUUUUGGCCGAUCUGCUCUAUUUGGUCUUGAAUGUGCGACCUGAGGUGCAUCCAAACUACAAGAUAAUGAGAGUUUUCGGAAAAAUUUAAUUUGAAACUUUCAGUGUUUACAGCAACGAAAAUUCUUUGUAUUUUUUUGUCACAAUUGUAAACAUUACUUUAGCCUGUAUUUAAAUACAAACAGCAGUGGCGUUUUUCUGUUUCUAAUAAAUUCAUGUUUGCAAUGA